CUCGUAUAUGUACGUGACACCAAACAGGAAGUAAAUAAAAGCGCCUUCCCGCGCAGUUAAAUUAGAGCAAGAAAUCCUUUACACUAAAACCGGGAAAAUGGACGAGCUAUAUUUGGAUAAUAUUGACGAAUUUGUGAACGAUCACAACAAAAUAGUUACCUAUAAAUCUUUGAGUCUGGCACUUGGAGUCCAUGUAAACACAGCAAAACAGAUGCUCUAUCAUUACUUGGAGCACAAGAGGAAGGAAAGCUCACCCCAGCUGCACGCAACCUACCUAGUAACUGGGAAGUUUGUUGGCAACGGUCAAACUUGUCACAAAGUUUCAAUAGUGAGAGAAGAUCAGUUGGAAGAUUUCAAAUCAAAGAUGAGCCUGAUAGUCAGCGUUCAUGUGUACAGCGUGCAGAAAGCUCUGCUGAAAGACAGCGGACCCCUCUACUCCGUCGACUAUGACGCCGUCAAAGACAAUCUAAAGAACUGCAGCAAAUACAGCGCCAUUCGGUGUGCCGGAGCAGAGCCCAUGUCUCCCCUGGAGCUGCAGCAGACUUUGAAAGUGCAGAUCCAUCCUCAGCCUGAACCUGAAAGCUCUGGGACCAACCGAGGCACCAACACAACUUCUAAGUCCAACACCAAACCACAGAAAGGCAUCAUGGGAAUGUUUUCAAAUAAACCUGCAGUCAAGAAUACGAGCAACGAAGUCAAACCGGAACAGAAAGAGGACACAGCUGUGGUGGAUGCUGCUAAAAACAAGCCCGCUGCAAAAGCAAAUCCAGUGAUGAACUUCUUUGGGAGUCAAGCAGCAAAAAAAUCUGUCAAACCUGUGAAGGAGGAAACGGAUCAGACAUCUUCAACAUCAGAGCCGCCGCAGCGUCAGAGUCCCCAACCCUGUGAAAAGCAAGACAGUGCAGCAGCGGUGCAGCAUCAAAAAGACUCCAGAAGCAAAACCAAGAGAGUGGAGGAUGCAGACAGUGAAGAGGAGAAGAUGGACAAGAAAAAGAGGAGGAGGAUUAAGAGACCAGAUCCAGACAGCAGUGAUGAAGACGUCAUUCCGGAUUCCCCCCAGCCCAAGGAGAGUCAACCUAGAGAGAUAAGUCCGAAAAAAGAAAAAACGGAAACUGUUCAGCAGUCAAAUGGUCGCUCUGGGAUGAAAGUGAGGAAGAGGAGACGAGUCCUGAAGUCUCAGACUUACCUCGAUGAUGACGGUUGUAUGGUGACAGAGAAAGGCUUCGUGAGUGAAUCGUACUCGGAGUCGGAGGACGAUUUCCAGGCCUCCAAACCGGCUCAGAGGGAGUCCUCUAAAGCCAAACCAAACCUGAGUAGCAAAGACGACGACAAGAAAAGUCAGAAAAAAGCUCCAGCAAACUCAAAUAAAGGAGCAAAACAAGCUUCUAUUGUGGGAUUUUUCCAAAAGAAGUGACAAAUUCAUCAUUUUUUGCCCUGAAGAACAGCCUGCUCUGCUGAAGGAUGUCAGUUUGGUUACUGUGGACUCGAUGCUCACACAUGGACAGUUUUAGAACCCAACUCUUCUUGAAGACUUGAUCCUCCUGGAACCCGUUUUAUAUUGUUUCUAUCUCCUGCUGUAAACACGUGAUACUCAAUAAACUUUGAAAAGAUUA